AAAGGGUUAAUUAAUUUAUUAAAUUUAAAUUUAUUGCUUAGAUCGACUGAACAUUUUCCCUGCAUACAUAACCUACUGGUUAUUCAAAUGCAAGACGAAAAUCUACAAAAAAUUGGUAACAGUGUGCAUGUUUUGAAAAACAUUAGCCAGAAGAUCGGAAACGAAUUGGACGAACAAGCGGUGGCUUUGGAUGACUUAGAUCAAGAAAUGACGAACACGCACCUUCGGCUAAACAAUGUCAUGAAGAAAUUGGCGCAGGCUGCUCACAUAUCAACUGGAAAAAGGCAGUGCUAUGCGAUAUUGGUCUUGGUUUUGUUGCUCCUAAUUAUAAUUAUACUUUUUAUUGUUUUGUGA